UGCAACGUUGGACUCGAAAACUUGGAGGAACCGGCUUCAGUUACAAUACGCAGAUAUUUUUUGAGGUUAUGACGGACUUCACAUGUUGGACUUAUGUCCAAGUUUGUCAAUGGUUGAGAGAUAUUGACUUGGGAGAAUUCUGUGAAACAUUUGUGGAACAUGAAAUAGAUGGGGCCACUCUUGCUGCGAUUUCAGAGAGGAUGUCUGAGAGGCUCAUUCCAGUCAUUCGCAAGCAGAGUCUGUUUCUGGCCCAGUUGGAGAAACUUAAAACCAACCAAACGAGCAGAGAGCACCCUCCGAGAAGCAGUGAUGACUCCAGCCAAGCACAGUCCAGUCCUAAUACCUCUUUAGUAUUUCCAACAGUGCUAAGGAUGGCCAUAGACAGAAGAGAUUCUGAUCUGAAGAGUGCAAGUAAAACAAAACUACGGACUCUUUUGAUCCAGACUCUUUUUGACCACCUGAGUAAGAAGUCAAUGUACCCAACUCAUCUUCAGUAUAUUGAACUUCUGUCGAUCUUGAUAAUGGACCAUCCAUUCCUCAGGUAAAGUAUUGGGUCAGGAUAU